AUGAAGUGCGAGUCGAACCGGUCAUUGAGAAUUGUGGUUUCAAAUGCCUCAAGUGAAGUUGUCAACAGUUUCCUGCCAAUUUUGUGUCAUGGAGAUAUCUUUGGAAGGCACCAACCAAUAUCCUUGGUACUGUUUGAAUUCAAGCCUCUGUUGAAGUUAGUGGAAUCACUUAAGGAAGACCUUUUGGAAUGUUGUUAUCCAUUGCUUGCAGACGUAACACUCACCCAAGACAUGUCAAAAGCAUUUGAGAAUGUUGAUGUUGGCAUAUUGUUUGAACUUGAACAAGAUGUCAUUGGCUUCAAAAACAAUUCUGUCCUCUUUAGGACAUAUGGCCUUGUGCUUAAUCGAGUAGCUCCAAAGAAUAUCAAGUUGUUGAUUGUUGGGCAAACAGCGAACACCAGUGCUUUCAUUUGCAGUUCAUUCAGUCCAUCUCUGGACCCAAGCAACUUCACAUGCCUUGCACAUCACCUUAAGCUGGCCGCUGUUUCUAAAUUCAAAUUUAAAGCUUUCAGGAGUGAGGGAAAUUACUCCAUACAGUUACAACAUGUGCAACAACCACAACUCCAACAUCAGUUGCAACCAGCGGAUAAAGAACAGGAACAACAUUUACAGUGUGACAACCCUCAAUUGAUUGGCACUUGUUGUUCACACUGUCAUCUGUCGCCUGAUCAUUUAAUCAACAACAAUAAUAGUGAUGACGACGUCAUAAAUAACACUAACAAUGAUAUUAUUUAUGCCAACAAAAUAAACAGUAAAAAUAUCGACGAAGACAAUCGUAAUAUUAACAUUGUUAAGAACAAUGAAUACAGCAAAAAUAUUGAUAGCAGCGGUGAUGUCUAUGAUGUAAAUAAAGAUAACAGUAGGUUCUACCUCGGCCAGGACGUUUACGUGUGGGGCAGCUGCAGUUGCCCCAUUGUCACCAUGACAACCAACAAAAACGAAGUAAUGGACGUUCUUCUUUCGACCGAAACAGCUGUAGGCAGGCUGGUUGUGGCAAAAGCAAUAGCAGAACAUCUCAAAUACUGGCUCACGGAUUUCAACAACGUAGAACAAAUAAUCAUGGGUGUGAUCAACUCACAAAAUCACUACAAUGUAGACAGCAAUCUAUUCUUCAACUUUCCUGUGAAAAAAAUAAAAAAAGACAUUAAUUACAAUAAGAGCAGCGGCAACAUCAUCGGCAGCAAAAACAAUAACUACCUUCUAACUGUUGAAAACUUGACCCUUAAUGAAAAUAUUGUUGAGUCAUUGUUAAAAUGUUCACAGAAAAUGUGCAAAGAAAGAGAUUCUGCCAUUGUGGAUUGCUGGCGAAUAGUUCUUCCACAUUCCCACUUGUAGCAGACAAAUUUGGCUUAAUAGACACUUUCGUAGUACACAUCCACCUUUAAUGGGUUUCCAGAGAAAACAAAAACUAAGAGUAUUGGUGUGGAGACAAGUUCAUCAUAAAGAUGCGUUCUCGUUUGUUUGUAGACGAUCAAGGUGAAACAAUAAUGAUGCGUUGUUGUGCAUAUGAUGAAAUGAUAAGAAUUAUGUUGACGCUGAUCCAAGUGAUACAUGUAUUGGUACACGUUCUGUUUAAUUUUGUAAUUGUUUUGUUCCAACUAUUUAACAUGCAAUAAAAAUGUGACUAUCAAAUACGAGCCAAGCUGCAUAUGAGGUUAAUUUUGCGCAAUGGUUUGCCAUUCCUAACUAGCUUAAGUUAAUUCUGACAUUAUAUUUCAAAAACUGAAAGAAUUCUAGAUAAAUUUUCGAACAUCUGAGCAUAACCUCUAUAUACUGCCUGUUAUAAAUUAUAAAAACUACUAUUAUACGACACAUAUGCGUAUUGUAAACGUACAAACUGCUCAUAUUUUCCAAAUAAUGUAUUUACAGGAUGAUAAAAUCCCCAAAGAAAUUGUUUAUCUUUACGAAAGAGAGCUUAUUAAAUAUGUAGAUAAAAUAAAUUUAGUGAACUCAACAUAAACUAAAUAUCAACCAAAGAUGUGUAUGAAUAAAUAAACAUGUAGUGUACGUCUACGAGUAUAUAUAUUCAGCCAUAAUUUGUAUAAGUUUCACACUUCAAAAAUAAAAAAUGUUUUAAAAAAAAAUAAAAAAUGCAAAGUUUAGUUGUAUCGUCACGUCUGUAAUAUGCAUAUGAUAUACAGUUAUAAAAAAAAAACCCAGCAUUGCAGUCAUUGAUCAAUUUGCAAUUGAAAUUUUCAAUUUUUCAUAAAACGAAUUUCAGUCCAUUAUCAAGUUUGUUCAGUUCAUAAACUAAAUUUUUAUUCAGUUUUUGCAUUUUUGUUUAAAUUUAUAAGCAAAUAUAUAUUUAAACAAAAAUGCAAAAACUGAAUAAAAUUACUGAACAAAAUGUAAAAACUCAAUUGCAAAUUGAACAAUGCCUGCAAUGCUGUGAUAUUUUUAAACUGCAUAUAUAAAUAUAUAUCAAUAAUGAUCAACCAAACAACACAACAGAGAGAGCAAUAAAAAUUCUUAUCCACAUUCUACAUUUAAUUCAUU